AUGGUUCGCGACGAUACGCCGUCAUCCUUCACGGCCAUCUUCAGGGAUUCGCUACGUGUUGAACUGUGUCGGCAAGGUGUAUCUCAAGCAGCCGCAUUUGCCAGUAAGUGUGCCCAGUGUGUACGUUUGGAUGGCUCAGGAGCGCAUCUUGCACUGAACGGCCUUGGCCUAGGAGACAGGGAGGUUAUUGCAGCGGCAGAGGCUCUAAUAAAGCUCGGCACCACUGCCAUGCUUCGCGUCCACGGUAUCAGCCGCUGGGCGCUAACACUGAACCAAAACUCUCUAACGGACAAUUGCGUUACCCACUUGUCACUCCUUGUUUCGCGCUGUUCUCCGCCUUUGUUAUACAUGGAUAUUCGGGCGAAUAGCAUCACAGCCGCCGCAGCCCAGCGUAUCGAAGAGGUUCGUGUUCAGUCAUCCUCUCCCUGUGUUGUGAAGUUGGAUGUUACGACUGCUGGUGGAGGCCGCCCAAGUAGUGAGCCUGUGAGUGCCUGCUCGCUUUCGUCUAUCCAAACGCAGAGCGCUUCUUCAUGCCGUGGUGUUGACUCGAUGGCUCUCGAGAAGCGACGGCACGCGUUGCUCGGCUCGGAGAGGCCAUCCAGUGCCUCCGGUAGUGUGACUCCCGCAGCCUCCACUGAUGCUUGUGUUGUGAGCGAUGAGUCAUGCAAUGAAUUGGUGUCGGGCUCACCGAUGAAACGUGUGUCCACGGGGUUACCCUCGGGGACAUCACGAGGUGGAAAGCGAGGGGGAAGUAAACAAGGGCGGGAGAAUCAGGCGAAAGGCAGUUGCACUCCCCCCCGGCUCCCUCCAGAAACGUGCAAAGCUGGUGGUAAUAAGUUGCAGAGACAAUCCUCUGCUGGUGUACGUAUGGGUAAUGGUGAGAAGAGGGCCGGAAGUUGCGAGGUGCGAGGCACUCCAGCCCGGAGCGUACCGAAGGAAAAGCAACACUAUAGAUCAUCCUCUGUCAGGGACGACGAGUUUCGUGUUGAUCUUACUGAAAAUCUUAGUCCACUUCUGACAUCUGUCAUGGAUCUGACAGAUUCUGUUUCAACUGGAAAGCUGCGCACGCUGUACGACACAGAUGAUAUUUGGAGUGUGGUGAGGGCUAAGAGCUCUCAGGGACCCGAUAGCAGCCCUGAGGACAGAGGCCCGCGCGUAGCGACGGCUCCCCGAGCGGGUGCAUCUUUUCGGUCGGUGACGGUCCUUUGCCUCAGUCGCAACGGCUUGAAAUCCCUAGAACCGCUGCCUCCUUCGCUCCUACGUCUGGACGUGAGUGAGAACGAGCUGCGUAAGAUUAGCGGUUUGGAGAAGUGCCGAAUGCUCACCCUUCUCAACGCUCGUCAUAACCGUAUCUGCUCCAUGACGGGUCUUGAGAACAACCUUUCCUUAUCCCACUUGUUCUUGGGUGGAAACGAAAUUGAGUUCGUGGGUGGGAUCGCACAUCUUAUUUUACUGGAGACUCUCGACUUGUCGUACAACAGACUUGAGACACAGGCAUCAAUUCGGCCGUUGUCUCUCACCAAAGGGCUACAACAUUUGAUGUUGCGUGGGAACCCCGUUAUGGAACGUAUACAGAACUGCUUCCGACCCAUGCUCCGUAACCUCUGCCCCUCGCUACAAUUCAUUGACGGAAUCCGCCUUACAUUCGCGCAAGGGGGUGGGUGGAGUUCGCAAAUCGAAAACAGCAAGACGUGGGACAGUAGUGAGCCUGUAAGCGCUGCUACUGGCCGAGGCGGCGCAUCUACGUCUACUCAUAAAGGGGACGGGCGCUCCUCCCAGUGUGGAAGUUAUAUGCAUUUACUUACGCGUGGGGUGACGAUUGGUGGGAAAACAGGUUAUAGUGACAGUUUGAAAAUGUCUCGUGCAACGAGGGCCAUGGAAAUGCAGCGAAAAAGUGAAGAAGAGACGAAGGAACGACAGCGCCGUGCCUCUACCAGGAAAGGGGUACCGCUUCACAAUGAGUUGCUGAAGAAGCUCGCCAUAGACUCGAAGAAGUAUUUGGAGGACGUACUGGCGGAACGCCUGGCGAGUGUGCAACAGUCGUACGAUGGAGCAGUCACAAACACAGGGAGGAGUACAAGCGUUUCUGUGGAUUCACCAUCGAUGCGCAGUCCGGACAAGGGGGAGGAGUUGGAGGACAACGAGGCAGAAGUCACUGUUUAUGUGAUGGAGGAGGGGAAUACAACCCCGCGGCGGGCUGAUCAGCCGGAUGGCAGCGCGUGCCGUACCCCAGUCAAAGUUUGGGCACAAAGAAGGGGAGCUUCUGUUGGUCCUCAGUCUGCAGGCAAGGGUUCCCACCGUGGCGCUUUGGAGGAGCGCGACGAGGAAAAGUGUCGUCAUGUGGGAGUCCGCCGGGACGAAUCGCUUAAUCACAGGCAAUGGGUGCAGCUCCGUGGGAGAAUGGAAACACGCAAAUGUGGAAGUGAACCCACUAGCAUUGCACGAUCCAAACAGGAAGCGUGCACUAGGACGCCGGAGAGGGGGAGAGUGAGUCGAGGGGGAGGUUCAUAUAAACUUUCACCAAUCCGUGGCCAUGCGAACGACAAACAAGCCAUCUCGACGAUUGCCAAACGAUUCUUGAGUGAUAUGGGCAGACUGACACCAGAGGUGGAUGAACGUAACUCCAUUGCGGGAGGGCGGCAACAAAAGGUGGCGCCUUCUUUACAGAAGGCAAGUGUGCAAGGCCCCCGUGUCUUUUCGCCUUCUUCCCAGCGAACGCCCACCAAGGCAAUAUUAGUUGGUGCAACAACACCUAAGCGUCGAGCUGUCGAUUCCUCAACCCCCAAGUCGGAGGAUACCAGGCAUAGCAGGGGGUCAAAUCAAUCGCAUUCGAUUCUCUCUCCCCCGCCAUUUUACCCGUCUACAAAUCCUGCUGCUCUGCAGUGUAAGCAGGCAUGUGAUGAGUGGGUUGAACAGCUUCACGAAGAUGCUGAGGCCGUCCAACAAGCACUUCAAACCGUUGUUGUUCUUAUUGCAACACAGCGACAGGCUCUUACGGCUCAAGGUUGUGACAAGGAUUUGUUGCAUAAAUCGUUUUUGCAAGAACGACAGCAAUGUGCGGGAAUAAUUAAAAAUAGCGGUAUGCUAUUAGACACGGAGGUGCCACUAGAGGUUGUGGAACACUACGCCUUUACCCCAGAGGAGUUGAAUUGCACACGAGUGGAUGAGAGUAACAUGCCGGAUGCCUGUGAGGCAGCAGGGGGAAGAAAAGUGGGAGGCAGUGGCCAUAAUAACGAUGUGGAGGUUAAGAGGAGGGAAACGCUGAACUGUAUUCGUCUCAUCGGAGAUGCAAAAACAUGUUUGCGGUACAUUGUACUGCUCAUAGAAGAGAAGAAGGAGAGAUCCUUAUAUCGAUACGUGGAUGAGGUUACUGAGUUUAUGACCUGUGAGUGGGAGAAGUUUGAGCAUAUAGAGGCAUGGCGUGUGCGCCGUUGA